GGGAGGGCCGGGCCCGGCCCGCCCCGCCCGAGGAGCGCGGGGCUGCGAGGCGGGCCGGGCCGGGGGCGGCAGCGGGAUGGGGCUGGAGCUGUACUUGGAUCUGCUCUCCCAGCCCUGCCGGGCGCUCUACAUCUUCGCCCGGAGCAACAACAUCCCCUUCGAGUUCAAGCACGUGGAGCUGAUGAAGGGGCAGCACAGGACAGAGGAGUUCCGGAAGGUGAACAUCCUGAUGAAGGUGCCCGCGCUAAAGGACGGGUCUUUCACCUUAGCAGAGAGCAUUGCAAUCCUCCUGUACCUGGCUCGGAAGUUCAAGACUCCUGAUCAUUGGUACCCAACUGACCUGCAGAAGAGGGCUAGGGUUGAUGAGUACUUGUCAUGGCAGCACAUCAACAUUCGUGGGAAGGGGAGCAAGCUGUUCUUAACUAAGGUGCUGCUGCCUCUCCUCACAGGCCAGCCACCUCCUCCAGAGAAACUGGAGGCUGUCACUGAAGAGCUGAACAUCGUCCUGAAGCAGUUUGAGGAGAAGUUCUUGCAGGACAAGCCCUUCAUCGCAGGCAGCAAGAUCUCCCUGGCAGACCUUGUAGCACUGGUGGAGCUCAUGCAGCCUGUAGGUGCUGGCUACAACCUCUUUGAGGAGAGGCCUAAGUUAGCAGAGUGGCGCAGGCGGGUGGAAGAAGCGGUGGGGAAGCAGCUCUUCCAGGAAGCCCAUGAAGGAAUCUUGAAUGCCAAGAACUUGACCGCUGACAAGAUUGCACCUGAACUGCUGGAGCAUUUCAAGCACCAGCUCCUAAAGCAGGCCAGCCAGAAUUAGGGGGUUAUACUCCAGGUAAAAUGGAUUAUUUUGUGCAGGCUUUUUGUAGUAUUUCAGCAUUUCUUCUAAAAGUCAUACAGAAACACCAUUCCACAAAAUGCACUUCAAUGACAGCCUUUAUGCAACUUAGAAGGGAAGAAAACUACAUCUUAGACCGCAGUGAGCUGCUUUCCCCUCUUGUUCACUACAGGUGUGUGAGCGGUAGCCCUAUAGGCUUUUCUUUCUUGCUCCAACACCACUGGAUCUGCUUGAGGACAGAGGCAAUUCAGUCCAUAUGGGAACUGGGGCCAGUCAGAACUGCCCUUUCCAUCCCUGCUUUGCGCUUUCCAAGUCACAGCACUAUAAAAGGCACAGGUUUCCUGAGGGUAUGGCAGAGCAGAUCUGUCUGAAACAAGGAAAAAUAAUUUAAAAUGGCUUUCACUUUGCAACAUGCUCAGUUGGAAGAUUUUUGCUCUUUACUAAAGAAAGAGACAGAUUGGGACCCAGCCCUUGGUGGGGACCCUGCCAGGGCUCUUAGAGCACCUGGCCUCUAAAGGCUGCUGCAUCACCUGUGGAAGCAAAGGGACACAGCGCUUAGGAGCAGUGGGGCUGUGCAGGUACCCAAGUGAGGCCUCCAGCUUCUGGGAAGGAUGGGGUUAGUCCCAUGAAUAAAGAUCCCCAACCAUAAAAUCAUGCCAUACUCUACAAAGGACAGCCUGCACAGCUGAGAAAAGCUGCUCUUCUAGGUUAAGCUGCUGCUAACCACAUGGUCUCCCUCUGCAAACCGUAUCGGUGCUCUUGUCCUUUCCCCAGAGUGGCUUUGUCAGCUCAAUGGAAGCCAUUCACGCCAGGCUCUCUCCACUGAUGAGUGCUGCUGUGACUGGGCCAGCACUGGUGGCAGAGGGAGCUGUGCUGGCUAGCCCCAGGGUGAGUGGAGUGCACAGUAGAUGAAUAAUGCCUCAAAUACAGUUACUGUUCUACUACUCUUCUGUCACUUCAGAUUCUCCAGUAAAGUUAAUGGUUACACUUGCCAGAUGUUGUAGCUCUGUUUGGAUUUGUAAUCAGGAUUUGGAAGGAAGCAGCCGCUGAUUCGUCCUCCACACCUGUGCAGCACCCUUCACAACCUCUCGCCUGUGUCCCUUUGUACCCCUCCUACCUUCCUGUCUUCUCCUGUCCCUGUGACUUUCCAUUUCAAGGUACAAGCCACAAGGAAGGUUCCAGCUUGCAGAACUGUUUUUUCCUUCUUGUUAAGCUCUGGUUGUAUCUGGAAGCCCUUUUGUUUCUGCUGACUGCAUAGUGGCUGCAUCCAUAGAGAUGGCUGGGUGUGAGAUAUCAGUCAUCUUAAUGCAAGUCAUUACAGUGCUCAGAAAAGGUGAAAGUAGCUGCUCAAACCAGUCUCGCACAUCUUUUCAGCUGGACCUGCUGGUUUUGGGGAAUGAGCCAGCUGCCUCCUCUGCGUUUGUUUCCUGAGUAAACCUGACCUUUAAUUCAAAAGGGCACCAUGAACAACAGCUUGCAACACAUGUCCCUGCAGGCUGAGCUAAAGCAGCCAAUCAGGCCAGUUCUUUUUACUUUCUGUUCUUCCAAUCUGCAGGAAAUCCUAAAUGUCAGAAGUCAAAAAGCAGAUUUUCCCAAAAACUUUCAGUUCCAGUGCUGACACAGGCAGAGGAUAUUUUUCCUACCUGAUAUUUUUAUUGGUGUCAUGGUUUUAGCUGGGAGAGAGUUAAUUUUCUUCCCUGCAGCUGGUGCAGUGCUGGGCUUUGGACUUAGUAUGAAAAUAAUGUUGAUAACAGACCGAUGUUUUAGUUGUUGCUGGUUAGUUCUUACACUACUCAAGGACUUUUCCAGCUCCCCCUGCUCUGCCGGGUGCACAAGCAGCCGGGAGGGGAGGGGGCACAGCCAAGAGAGCGGAUUCAAACUGGCCAAAGGGAUAUUCCAUAUCACGUGACGCCAUGCCCAGUAUGUUAACUGGGGGAAGCUGGCUGGCAGGGUGGGCAGUUGCGCCUUGGAGACUAACAGUGUUGGUCAGUGGGUGGUGAGUGGUGGUAUCACUUGUUUUUUGGAUUGUUGUUUUUUCCUCCUCCCAAGGGUUCAUCUCUCUCUUUCUCAUUAACUUCUUUUUCAUUAUAUUACUAUUAUUAUUAUUAUUGUUAUUACUGUUUUAAUUAUUAAACUGUUCUCAACCCA